AUGUGGGAUCGACAAAGACAAGCAUGGGCCGUCGUUCUUCUAGGCAACGUCCUGAUGAAUACCGUGAUUGCCUCCCCGAUCUACGUUCCCCAGUUCGUUCCAGGAAGUACAGGAAGGAACAUUAGGAACUUACCGUGCGUGUCACGCAGAACCGGCGAAACCGGCGUUUGCAUGUUCGCGUUCACAUGCGCGAAGGCGAACGGCACGCACCUCGGCACCUGCAUCGAUCGCUUCUACUUCGGUAGCUGCUGCAAGAUCGACGACGAGCCUGACACUUUUCCUCAGGACAACAGCAUCGACGACGGGCCGCCAGCAAGGCCGUUCGUCACAACCAGCGGGCCUAUCGAGAGCAACGACAUACCUGAGUACUUCUCAAGGCCGAAGCCGAUCAACGAGAAGAAACCACCUGCAACGCAUACCACUCAGGCAAGUGGAUCGCUUAUUUCUAACACAGCUUCGACGACGAUAAAGGAAACGACGAAACUCGUAACGAAGAAACCGAUACUCGCAACAGUCGAAACGACCACGAAACCGGUUCGGUUAUCGACCUUUCAAACCGUGCAAAAUGUUUCGAAGGAGGAUUCGACCACGGAAAGUCCGCUCAGAAUCACCAGCGGUACUGUUCAGCUCUCACAAAAAACAUCUGUCACGACGACGGAAACCAUCAGUGCCACGAAUAAGCCCGUAUCGACCGUUUCGAUCACGCAGAGGCCGACGACAUUGGAAACCGUGACAAAAGUACCAUCUACCACACAAACAAUCGCUCAAACGACAAAGCCGAUCACCAAGAAGCCAAUUCACUCGUCCGUGUCUCAUAAACCGACGCGUCCAGCGACGCAUAAACCGACCUACACGACUAUCCACAAACCUUUGGAAACGACCACGCUCAGACCUCCCCAAUCUAGCACCGAAAGAACAACCGAGUCGACAACUUCGAGAACGGUGUUUACGACCACCCAGAGGACCGUCCCAGCGACCAGAUUCCCGCCAAGAAACACGACGACUGCGAAACCAUCGACUCAGCCUACAACCAGACGACCCAUUAGCAGUACCAAGAAACCAACAAUCAGCUCUAGCACGAAAAGGCCAACAAGCACCACGAAGAAACCGACUUCGCACACGAAGAGACCCGUCACUACUGCCAAACCAUUCGUGAGUUCUAGUUUUGGUACCACGUUGUCCGUGACAACGACGAAGCCGUUCUCAACGACGACCGUCAAAAUCCAACCAAACAUUGGUACCACCAGCGAAAGCACAUCGUCCUCGACCGGGACGAAAUCCUCGACCCCUUCGUCCGUCCUUUCGAAACCUACCACGCCUGUCACGACGCGACCUGUUCAGAAAAUCAAACCUACGACCGUGAGAACUACCUCCACAACAUCCAAGCCCCAGACGACGACCACGUCGAGGCCGAAGCCGACGAAGAUCAGCACAACGACCACGAAACCGGUGUCCCGACCAGAAUACACGACCACUACUGAAAAAACGAUACUUCUAUCGACGAUCGAUGCAUCGACCGUUGCCGUCACCAAGCCCAAACCAACACUGGAGUCUACAAAGCCCACGAAACCCACGAAACCGUUGAGUAAACCUACCAGCAGACCUGCUACUACGACCUCUUCGACCGUUUCGAGUUCUACCAUAGCGGAAACCGAUCAAACGUCUGGGACUUCCUCUGAAACGACUACGUCUGCGUACGUCGCAAUAACGAAGGCGCCGAUUGCCAAUCAGACCCUGGAAGAGAACCCACCGACGACGCACUCGCCUGGACUCGUUACUUGGACGUCGAGUUCCGAUGAUGCGACUACGAAAACGCCAGAAAUUUCUUCCACGACCACCACUCCGAUGGAUCAAACCGAAAGCGAAUGGACACCCCUCACCACUCCAGACGGUUGGAUCAUGAUUCAAUCGCUCACCACUAAAAAACCACCUCAGACUUCUGAAGAGACCACGCUAAAACCGAUCCCAGAAUCCACAUUACAGCCUUCGACUUCCACUAAACCUGCAACAGAAACAGUCACGGAGUACAUCACGAAGAGGCCUACUAUAUUGACGACUCUGUCAACGAUCGCUAGCGUAACGAUAGACACAGAACUUCCGGUUCCAAUGGAAACACUGAACAUGUCCGAUUACAAGCAAGUGUGCGGAAGAAGAUUGUUCCCAGAGUCUCGAAUCGUUGGUGGCAGUCGCAGUUCUUUUGGAAAAUGGCCAUGGCAGAUCUCGUUACGACAAUGGAGAACGUCUACGUAUCUGCACAAGUGCGGCGCAGCUUUGCUCAACGAAAAUUGGGCCAUAACCGCAGCGCAUUGCGUGGAAAACGUACCGCCAAGCGACCUGUUGUUGAGGAUCGGUGAACAUGAUCUCGCAAACGAAGACGAGCCGUACGGAUACCAAGAGAGAAGAGUUCAAAUUGUCGCUAGUCAUCCGCAAUUUGAUCCCCGAACGUUCGAAUACGACCUCGCUCUGUUAAGAUUUUACGAGCCACUGUUGCCAUUCCAACCGAACGUUUUGCCGAUUUGUCUGCCGGACGAUGACGAGUCCUAUGUCGGACGCACGGCUUAUGUCACUGGCUGGGGUAGACUUUAUGACGAGGGGCCAUUGCCGUCCACGCUUCAAGAGGUCGCUGUACCAGUCAUUAAUAAUACAAUGUGCGAGGGCAUGUACAGAAACGCGGGAUACAUCGAACACAUCCCUCACAUUUUUAUUUGCGCCGGUUGGAAAAACGGCGGAUUCGACUCUUGCGAGGGCGACAGUGGAGGGCCAAUGGUGAUCCAGAGGGCGCGGGACAAACGGUGGAUCCUUGCUGGAGUGAUCAGCUGGGGGAUAGGUUGCGCUGUGCCGAACCAGCCAGGGGUUUACACUCGAAUCUCCGAGUUCCGUGAAUGGAUCAACCAAAUAUUGCAAUUCUAAUCUAAGGAUCUUAUGAAAUAACUUGGAAGAACGAUUCGGUGGAAACUACAAAACGAUUCUAGCCCACCGGUGUACUCGAAAUAUCGUACCCUAAUGAGACCAGUUUUCGCCCCUUGACCUACAACAACGCGUGAGACUCGUGGUACGGAUUUCGAGCCAAACAUGAAGGGUACGAGUCAGCCAUGUCGUGGAAGUGUACUAGCGAUAUUAUAUCCGACUAUGCAAGGUCCCAAAUUAAAUGGUAUGGCAAGGGGUUAGCGCAACAAAAUAAAAUAAGAAAAAUUAUGGACGCGCUCGAAUAGAAUUAAUUUAUUGCGUAUCGUGGCCGAAAGCCGAAUUAUGUCAUACACGAUGAAAGCACACGAUAAAUUACACGACAUAGUUCGUACGUGCGAAUGGACUUCGUGUUUUUACGUAUCAGUUGCUUAUCGCAAAUUCGUGCGCUGUCGCACAUAAUUUCGAAUAACGCGCAUGAUCGCCGGCAGGUAACUAAUGCCACCUUCCGCGCCACGACCUCGUUGCGACAGAAGAAGAGGUCGACAUACUAGUGCUCUACAGUUUUGAACAGUGAUGUUAUCGUGGACGUUAAACGACAACGAUACAUCGCGUAUCAGCGGCGCUACUAGUUCAAUACUCCGAUUAUGCGUAUUACCAACGCGCCUCUACAGACUCGACACGCGGUAUAACGUUUUAACGAAGAGUAUCGACCGAGUGGAUCUCUAAGAUCGAUCGUUGAUAAUCCUUUGCAACUCGUUUCCUGUCGAGGAUGAUUCUUCGUUAAAGGAAAAAGAGGAUUCCCCAGAAAUGAGAUAUAAAGUGAGCUCUCGACUUGUGCGAUUAAUUUGCUCUGGAGCUUUCUAUUUAAGUCGAACUUUGUAUUAAUUUUGAUAAGAUAUACCUGAGAUAGUAGCUUAUAAUCCAGUCACUUUAGAUAUGGUUCUAUAAAUAUUUUUGUCAAGCUGAUCUUUUGCAUAUAUUGUAGCAUCUCUAUUAUGUGAACUAAUUGGGGGACAAAAGUGUUCGGAUAACAGAAUUUUCACAUAAUAGAACGAUAAGUGAUUAGCACUCAAUUUUAUUUAAUACUUAAGACAAUGGAAACAAAUAGAAUUUGUUUGUAAAUAAAUUUAUACAUAGAAUACAAAAUAAGAAAACAAACAAUAUUUCAUUAGGUUUGCGUUGAACAAACGACUGAAAUAUAUAAUUAAAAUUGUUUACUGUCGCUAAAGUUUUUAAAUUUAUUGCAGUACCUACUGUUUGUAUUCGUUUAAAUAAUUUUUAUUAAAACGAUUCCUUUCGUUUUUAUGUUGAUAAAUUUUGCAAGACUAUAUUUUUGUCCUUUCGUUGUACUUCUUCCAUAAUCAAGAAUUUUUGCAGCAAAUUUACGUUAACAUUCAAAUUAUUAGUACGAAAAAAACUAUCAGAAUUAUCUAAUAAUUGUACACUUUUAUUAGCAUUAAAUAAUUUUAUCUAGUUUAAUUCAGUAAUGUUUCAAUAUUUUUUUAAUGGGAUAGAUCUUAAACUUACACAUUGGUAUCACUUCCGCUGUCUUCGUUACUAUCUGCCAUUUUUGUGGUCCUACGCACCAAUUACACUUCUUUCGACAUGGUGAAAUAUGUAGUAUUCUACUCAAAUUUACAAAUGCUAUAAAAAUUGUAAUUAUUUAUCAUUAAUCGUUAUACAUGAAGUUUUAAAAAUGUUUGAUUAAAAAGAAAUACAGCAAUAUGCACCUUGCUACCAUAAUUAAUACGAAUGCUUUUUGCGAAUAAAAGAUGGAGAAAUUCCCUUUUCUAAGUUCAAUGGCAGUGUUUAACAAUUUUUAUUUUUAGGAACUUGUUGCUUUGAAAAUCAUAUGAAGUUCCGUGUAUUCUAAUUUAGUGGGUUCGGGGCACGUGUAAAAUAUUCCAUGAUCAGCUGUUUGUAGACAUCUCAAAAAUUGUUGUAUCGUAUAUCGCAAAAAAUGGUUACCGUUAAAAAUAAAAAUAAGAAAAUUCUAUACAAAACAGUUAUGUUAUAUUAUCUUUAAACAGUCAAUAAUUAUAUUUAACGUGAAAUUUUUUAACUCGAUUUGUAAAAUUUAUUAUUGCACGCUUUCCCACAUUAUCAUUGAUUUUGAAUAUCAAAUGCGAUUUAUGCAUCAUAUUAAAUAUAAAUUAAAUUUAUAUUAAGUUAUAUAUUAAAUUAAAUUAUAUAUUUAUAUUAAAUUAUGUAUUUAUAUUAAAAAUGGUAACAUACUUCUUUUGUGGAAAAGUUCCUUAUUCUUAUUUUGCAUAAUAAUUAUCUAUGCAGUAAACAAUAGUUUUUGAAAUAUCUGGAAGGAACCGAUUGUCGAAUAUUUUACACUUAAUUAAAAUAUCUACAAAAAUUCAGCUUGAUAAAAGUAUAUCCAUAAUAUUUUAUGUAUUUAAGUGUUGAAUGACUGGAAUACUGAGCUUGAAGAGAUGAGUGAAUUGAAUGAUGCCACGCAUUAGACGAUUGCCUAGAUAUUAUGGCCUCUAGCGUGUGUCAUCCGAUAGUAUUAAAAGAAGUCGAACUAUGCAAGGAUGACAAGGAUGUCUAAUAAAAUCCAAAUCAUAUUCAACGCAUCGAUCUUACGAUUAAUUUUAUUAUUUAAUUACAGUUCAACGGUUCUAUACAUGCUUCUUUAAGAGAAGUAUGGGAGAAACGAAAACUUGAUGUAACAUGUAAAUAUAUAAAAACAAAAUAUAAAUAUAAUUAUGUAACUUGGAGCUGAGCUACGUAUUUAUGAAUUCGCGUAAUUCGAGGACACGCUGUGUAGGCAAAUACAAAUCUCACGUAAAUUGCAUUUAUCGUUGCAAGUCAAUAGUAUCGAUAAUCGCGAGAGAUCGUUCGAUGACACGAAACUCUGAAUUGCGAGAGUCGACGAAGGCAGCAUAUUCGACGAUAUCCGGCCUCUUGCAACUUCAUUUUCACGUCUUCCGUCCUCGUCAGCCUUUAAAAUACAAAGGUUGAUAGCGUACAGAGUAAUCCGUGAACAUUGCGUUUUCGUUCCGUUUCGAAUCAUUAAUAGAUAAGGGGUAUCCAUAAGUAAUGUCGUUGUUUGAUACUGUACAAAAUUUUAUUUUAUUUAAUGCUUAAUACAAUUUUAUUUACA